UAUAAAUACACGCCUCCGCUGAAACAACCCUGCCAUGUUACAUCCUUCUCAUACAAGCCUGCUCUCGAUAUUCUUUUAUUCAUUUAUUGGUAUUAAAUUUUCUUCUCUAGGCGCAUAUAUUCUUUCAAGUUCAGUCUUUAUAAAGCACAUAAUAGCUAGCAUUUUGUAGUAUCAACAUUUUCAAUUUUUUGGUCUGGAGAGAGAGAGAGAGAGAGAGAGAGAGAGAGAUUCAUGGCAGAAACAGUGAAAUAUGCUGCAGAUAAUGAACUGGGUUGUGGUUUCAUGAGUUCAAUUUUCCGACAUCGAAGCUUUGGGCCGCGAAAAACACCCAGAAAAUCUCUUCCAACUAACGGAAACAACAAUUCAAUCAAGUCUCCAAACACCCAUAAUGUCAACAGGCUGCGAAGUGGCUCCGGUGAGACAACACUUCCUGUCCCUGCUAAAUCUGCACCAAAAGGCAAUGAAAACCCGAGAAAGAAUCCAAAUUCCACCAGUUCAAGGCCUUCAGAAACUAAAUAUCAACCAAAAGUCGAAGAAAAACCGAUAAAGAAUCCAAAUGCCAUCAGUUCAAAUCCUUCAGACGCCACGAGAAGCUCGACAUCAUCAUCAAACAGUUCAGGCCUAAGGCAGGCUUCAACUAUCACCUCCGGCGAGCUGAGCCUGACGAUCAGGGAGCACCACCGACUGUCCAAUUCAAGCGGAACACUUCACAGAGCCUCUUCGGGCAACAUUCUGAAGCAGCCGGGGACCAAAACUGUUUCAUUAACAGACAAUCUUAAUAAUAAGGCUCUGGAUUUUCAUCCUAGGACUGUGAUCACAGGCAACAUUGUGAGGAGGACAGGUGCUGAAAGCCCACAAUUUCGCAAUAUUUUGGGGGGAAUGAUGAAUAGAUUAGACCCUGAAGUGUUGAAGUCUCUGGGAAAUGACAGGUACAAAGAGGGUAGAUUUGAAGAGGCUUUGGGUUUGUACAAUCAGGCAAUUUCUAUUGAUCCAAACAGGGCAUCAUAUCAUAGCAACAAAAGUGCUGCUUUGAUUGGUUUGGGGCGUUUGGUAGAGGCAGUGUUUGAGUGCAGAGAGGCAAUUCGGAUUCAGCCUUGUUAUCACAGAGCUCAUCAUCGGCUCGCGACACUGUAUCUCAGAUUGGGAGAAGCAGAGAAAGCAUUGCAUCACUACAAACAAUCAGGCCUUAAGGCCGACAACAACGACAUUGCCAAAGCUGAAGCUAUUAAAAAACAUGUCACCGCGUGCACCAAAGCCAUAGAGCUAAAAGAUUGGAACUUAUUGCUAAAGGAGAGCCAGUCUGCAAUUUUUUCCGGUGCUGAUUCAGCUCCACAGAUCUAUGCUAUGCAAGUUGAAGCACUAUUGAAGCUCCAUAGGCACCACGACGCGUACAACACAUUUCAGAAAGGACCUUGUUUUGAUUUUGAUUCUUGUACUCAGUUCUUUGGCCCAUCGCGCAGUGCUUAUCUGCUAUCAAUUCGAGCACAGGUCUACAUAGUUGAUGGCAGGUUUGAGGAUGCACUGUCUGUUGCUCAGUGGGCAGCUCGACUAGACUCAAGUAAUGAGGUAAAUGCAGUUGUGAAGAGGGCUCGGGCUGUGGUGUUGGCUCGUUCAAAUGGUAACCAGCUUUUCAAGGAGAUGAAAUUCUCAGAGGCCUGUUUUGCAUAUAGCGAAGGGCUAGAAUACGAUUCACACAACUCAAUUUUGCUCUGCAACCGAGCAGCUUGUCGAUCUAAGUUAGGCCAAUUUGAGAAAGCAGCAGAAGAUUGCACUGCAGCCCUUAAUGUCAAGCCUUCUUACAGCAAGGCCAGACUGAGAAGAGCCAACUGCAAUGCCAAGCUGGAAAGAUGGGAGGCUGUAAUUCAAGAUUAUGAGACGGUGCUACGAGAAACUCCAGGAGAUGAGGAGGUGGGGAAGGCCUUGUUUGAAGCCCGAGUUCAGAUCAAAGAACAACAUGGUGAAGACACAAAGGAAAUGAAGUUUGGGUCUAAUUUGGUAUUCAUCUCUAGCAACGAGCGAUUCAGACACUUCGUAACCGCGCCUGGGAUGUCAGUGGUGCUUUUCUGCAAUAAAACAUGCCACAAGCAAGUGUUACAGCUCAUGGAACAAGUCUGCAAAGGCUUCCCAUCCAUCAACUUCCUCAAGGUGGAAAUCGAAGAUCACCCCUACCUAGCAAAGUCAGAGAAUGUGAGCUCCAUUCCAUCUUUCAAGAUUUACAAGAAUGGAUCAAAAAUAAAAGAAAUUCCUGGAGACAACCGCGAGUUGUUGGAAAGCUCAGUGAAAUUGUAUAGCAGCUAAAUCAAAAUAAAAACAAUACCAACGAUGAGAAUUUACGCGUGCAUAAAAAGAGAUCACAAUUUGUUUUUCUUCCAAGAAGAUAGCUCACCCGGGGAAAAUUGGAAAGGUAAAAGAAAAAAAAAAAGGGUGAAUUUGUGUCUCCAUUUCUCUGGCUUGUGACAAAGUUUGACAAUGAAAUUAGAGGAGACUUGGUUUUGUUUUGAUUGAA